AUGCUUAUUACAGCGAUUAACUUAGUGCAAAACAAACACAUCCUUCAAAUGGAGCGUGUUUUGAAAGCUGUACCAGCAGAUUUAAGAGUAAAAAUGGAGGCACUUGUGCAUGAUUUAACUUUGGCAUUAGAAGAAAGCAAUAAUAGUGCAAAUGUGAGGCGCAGAUGGGGUAUUAGAAGAAGAGCCCGUUCCACGGGUAAUAUUCCAUCACUUCAUGUGCACAAACAAUCAGAUGACAGUUCAUCCUCCAUUUGUGACAUUCAUGUUCCAAAAAAUAACGCUUCCGCCAAAUAUCAAUCCGACAGCGAUGAUACAAAUCAAACGAAAAGAUUUGCACGUUUUUCUAAUUCAAACAAUGCUAGUAACAUUGAAAGUGAUUCAGUCAAUGAAAAUUUUGUACCUAGAAUAAAUCCAAGACGUAAAAGAAAAUUUAAAAGAAUGGCUGUUGACUCUGAUUCUAAUCCUACAACAUCUCAAACAAUUGCAAUGUCAACAAAUCUUGCAAACAAAAAGAGAAUUCUUCGAGGUGAUUGUAAAAAUAGAUAUGGGACAAUAUGGUGUGGAAAACGUAAAAGAUCUUGUAGAGAGCGAUCUACAGAUUGUGGAAUGAGAUCGUUAAAACCAAAUACAAAUACAAAAUCAAAGAAUCGCAUUAAAAUGCAAACGGAAGAUGGUAUUGAUUGCUCAAGAAUAUCUAGUUCGAGCAUUUCGUCUAGCGAUUCGGAAGCUGGACUUAUCACAAAUGAUGAAGAUCGAGAAGGAGAUGAUGAACAGUCAGAUUGGAUUGGGGAACCAGGUUGGUGGGAUGAUGGUGAAAGUACUAAUGAAGAUAAAGUCAAUACUGAUUCACCAUUUCAAAUCAUGCUACAUGGAAAUUUUGAACACACAACAAUUGAAACAAGAAAAAGCUACAGAAAAAGAAUUCAAAGAAUUCGAGAAGGUCUAACUGGAAGAGAAAUUCGUGCUGGUCGUCGUCAUGUUGAUAACAAACCUGGAUAUUCCAUUAUCACUUCAGCCAAUGAGAAAGUUUCGAGAUUUUUACAAGAUCCUACUCAAAGUGAACUUAGACUACACCCUAUGCGGCAGCCUGAGCGAGAAAAACUUCGCCGGCUUGCAAAUUUAUAUAGCUUAAGUUUAAAAGGAGAUCUAGGUUGUCCAAUUUUAUAUAAAACUCGACAUACUACACAAGCUAUUUGUGUAGAUCAAGUAUCGCUCAACCGAUUUUCAGGUUAUAAGAGAUUAAGAAGAACCCCACAAAAUUCGCCAAAUUCAGAAUUAAUAAUGCAUAAUCAAGAACAUCAAAUUUCUAGUACAAGCUUUGAUUCACCAAUCAUAAGUCCUAUAUCAAACUUAGAUUCAAUGCAAGCUUUACCACAAUUUGCUCAUUUUAAAUGGGAUUUGAAUAGUAUGGAUAUUGAAAUUCAUGGAAAACCAAAAUUACACGAUUUUGACCAUUCAAAAUCAAGUUAA